AUUUAUAAAUAAAUCACUGGAAAAGGAACGAGCAGCAGCAGGGCUCUGGCGAACGGGAGAGAGAGAAUGGAGGAAUUGGAUAGCAGCAGAAGUGGUAGCAGGUGGUCUCUUCAAGGGAUGACAGCUCUCGUUACUGGUGGAACCAAAGGAAUAGGUCAUGCUAUUGUGGAGGAAUUGGCAGGAUUAGGGGCAAAAGUGCACACAUGCUCUCGCAAUGAAACCCAUCUGAAUGAUUGCUUACAUGAAUGGCAAGCUAAAGGUUUCCAAGUCACAGGUACACUAUGUGAUGUAUCCUCUAGAGUCAAUAGAGAGGACCUAAUGAACAAAGUCUCCUCUUUGUUUAAUGGGAAGCUUCACAUCCUUAUAAACAAUGUUGGAACGGCUAUUGGAAAGCCCACUUUGAAGUACACAGCUGAGGAUUUCUCAUAUCUGAUGGGAACCAACUUUGAGUCUGCUUACCAUAUGUGCCAACUUGCAUAUCCACUUCUUAAAGCUUCAGGGGCAGGAAGUAUUGUUUUUGUCUCUUCAGUUAGUGGAGUAUUGUCAGUAAAUAUUGGCACCAUCUAUGGAGCCGCCAAAGCUGCAAUGAACCAGCUCACCAAGAAUUUGGCAUGUGAAUGGGCAAAAGACAAUAUCAGGACUAAUUGUGUUGCACCUUGGUUCAUCAGAACUCCUCUUACUGAACCUGAUCUAAAUUAUGGAAUAUUUUCCAACUCUAUCAUCUCCAGAACUCCAAUUGGACGGGUUGGAGAGCCAGAGGAGGUCUCUUCGUUAGUGGCAUUUUUGUGUUUACCAGCAGCAUCUUAUAUAACAGGGCAGACAAUUUGUGUUGAUGGAGGAGUGACAGUGAAUGGUUUCUUCUUCCCAGGAACAGAAAACAGCACAGCCACCCAAGUUCCAAAUAAUACUUGACAUGUUCACUCAUUUCCUUUUACCUUGUUCCAAGAUUAUACAUUCUGAAAUUCAUACAACUAUCAUAAUUUCAUACCAAACCAAGAAAUUAAUAUCCAAUUUGAUGUUUGAUA